AUGCUGUUGAGUCUUUGUGACAAGUACUGGCAAGUCAUGCUCGUCCAAGGGGUGCUAAUGGGCAUCGCAAUGGGUGCGGUAUUCAAAGAGUUUGACAAGAAGCGAACAGCCGCACUGAGAGUGGUGGUUUCCGGAUCCUCUGUUGGCGAUAUCGUCAUCCCAUUGCUUUGCAUCACAGGCUUCCUCGUGAUGCCUUUCAUGCUCUUCCCUUGCAUGGUCGUUAAGGCCCGUCUGCCCCCGAGAGCCACGGACUUCUAUAUCCCGGCCGCUUGCAAGGACACCGGAUGCAUUCUCCUUAUCGCAUCUCUGUUCUUCAUCUUCAUUGGUAUGUUCACUCCGCUCUUCUUUAUACUCACGCCGAAACACCUGCUCGCUAUCCUUAGCGCCGUCUCGACGUUUAGCCAUGUCAUCCCUGGUAUCUCGGCCGACAAGGUCAUUAUCUUCUGCACGAACUCGGCUGUAAGUGGCGCAGCGCUUAGUGUCUAUUCGGUCGCGUCUAAUUUCGGAUCUGGCACCAUCAUCUCCGGGACAUCGGCCGCCUUCUCCAUGAGCACCAAGAGCCAGCAAGACAUAGGAACCAUUUAUGGAAAUGGGCAUGGCCAUCAGCGCGCUUGGAGGCCUGAUCGAAGGUUUUGUUGCGCUUGCGACCAAGCUGGCCACUCCUGAAGGCAUUGUGGGCAAGGUCUGAAUUGUCGUCAUGGGCCACGGCUGUGAGCGCACCAUGGAUGCACAUACAUACACUGGUGUUGGGAUCUGUGACGCAGUUAGAUCCUGAUAUAAAUAGCCACAUAUCGUGCUUAACUCAGUCGAUUGCCUUAUAUCGAGAAGACAAUAAUCACGGCUUGCUGGUGCAAAGCUUGACAUGGCAACAUAGGGCGGCGUAGUGGAGUUUUAUUUUUAAUUCUUUUAAAAGGUUGCACAAGAUGUUGUUGAUCUGAUCUGCGUCCGUGACGUGACUGUUAAUGGUCAAUUGCGG